ACUCAAAGAUUAGGGAGCGAUGUCUUCCCGGCGGUUGUCGGAAGCCCGCGAUCGCCGAAAGGAUGCUAGCAUUUCUAAUCACAGGAGAAUGAAGACUGUUGGAAGAGCAACUAUAGACUAUGGAGCAAACCUUACAAACACUGCCUAUCUUUCAAGAGGUGUGCUAUCCCUCAAAGAAAGAAAGUUAUUUGGUCAAACUCCAGCUAAGAUAAGGAUUUCACAAAAUCCAGAUCUACAGGAGGAAGCUGGUUAUCAGAUACGAUUCAUUGUAACUAAGCAGUGGACCUUAAACAGUGUCACUCCUCUGCAUAAAUUCUCUUAUGGACAAUUGCGGGAAUAUUCUAAACAACUAAGUAAUGUUAUUACUGCACAAAAGGAAAAGAGAUUCAUACUGGAUGGUGAAACUGAUUUAAUGUUUCAAGCGAAGUUUUCUUCAUUUUCUGUUUUGAAAACUAAAGGAAAAAAACAAACAGCAGUUCUUAUUGAGAUUAUGCAAAGACCUCGAAUGGUAGAUGAUGAUGAUGAAGAAGAAAACAAGGUGGUAUGGAUUGGUUGUUUCUGUUACGCUUGUACAAGUGAUUUUGUUGAGACUCUCCCAGAGGAUUUUACUUGUUUGCCUUUAUUCCUUGUACAUGGUGCACAGGGUUUCUCAAAUAUUGUUGAAACCUGGCUUCAGCAAACUUUUGAUUGUUAUUUCAGCCCAUUGCAUAUCAGUCCUAUCCAUCUUGCAUGGAUGGCUGCAAUAUGGUCUGGAUGCAGUAUGGACCACCACACGCACGCAACAGAACUGACUUUCUCUGUGCCAGGUCUACCUUAUCCUUUGGAUAUUUCCUAUGCUAUCCAUUCUGAAGAUGCAAAAGCUCUCUGGGAUUCAAUACACAGUAUCCAGGGAGAAGUUAAACAGGAAGAAGUGGAAUUAUUCAUGAACUCCCUUUACAAGCACUUUCACAGGCACUUCAAGAUAUAUUUAUCAUCUACACAAUUAGUGAAAGUUUCUUCAUCUGUAGCCUCUGUUCAUUCAUUGGGAAAAAUAAAGAUUCACCAUGCCCAAUAUCUGAUGGGAGUUCUGUCACUGCUCACAGAACUGGCACUUUCAAAGAUAAUGUGACAAAUUAUUUACUGGGUUAUAUCUCAUAAAGUUAACUACAGAAAAUUAUUUAGGAUAGAAGAUUGUAGAAUUGUUUUUGUCCACUCUUCUCUUGUUGUAUUUAAGUAGAAGGUAGGUUAAAUGUGUUGUAUAUAGUAUUAAGAGCUAUAUAGUUCCAUCUUUUCAUAUUUCUAAUUGGAUUAUUAAAAGAAAUAUAUUAUUCAAAAGACAGUAUAAUGUUUGCAACUGUCUACAUAUUGAACUUUUGCUCAAAAAAUCUAACCGACAAAGUGGGAAAACUUUAGAAUUUUUAGAUUUUAACUUCAGGUGAGCUUUUCAGAAAAAAAAACACAGAGAUGGUAUCCAAUUUACCUAUAUCAUUGGCUCUUCCCUAAAUUUAAAUGACAAUGGAACUGCUAUACUAAUUAAUAUAGUAAAGCAAGGAAAAAUAGUGAAAAUGUAACUGGGACAUAUUUCAUCUACAGUAUGUGAGGCCUAUAAUUAUGAAUCAUAAAGACCAGGACCUUCUUAUUCUUAACGAUUCUGGGCAUUUGGUCUUUGUGCAAAAUAAUUUCACUCCCAUUCCCAUUCUCUCCAUUUUAUUUAAUGAUCAGCAUUCUGUGUUGUUUAGUCCUCACUGAGGUUUUGGGAAGAUUAUACAAUUUAAGAGCUUUAAAAUAACUUUUAAUUUUCCUGUGUAACAUCCUGUGGCACUACAUCAUUCAACUUGGCAUGACAUGUGCUCCUAGAUUGGGGAUUAAAUUGGGAUUAUGAUGGCAUGUUUUAUACAAAACCUGAAUCCAUAAUAGAUUACUUACUUUUGACAUAGCUCCAUGAAUCAUCUGAGCAGGAUCAGGUGGGGUGGGGUGGGUGCAAGAGAAAUGAUCUAUGAUGAGCUCCAUCUUUAUUUUACUAUGUACGCAAGGGGUGGGAAUUGCUUCAAAGUAGAGCACACCAUUUGCAACUUUGAAAAAACUUCCUGACAGGGACAACUGCUUGGCAAUGCAAUACUGUAGAUUGCCUCAAAUGGGAUCUCCUUUGGGUGGAAAAUAUUAAGCAGAAUCUGGGCAGUCAUUAGCCAUGGAGUUGAACUUUUUUUUUUUUUUUAGGAGGAAAGACAUUGGAAGAAUCUAAGAGGAUAAUUUUUGAUACUUUUUAAGUGAAUUGUUAAGUAAUUAACGGAAUUUUACAAAGUGGAAAAUGCCUGGUGUGCUUUUUUAAAGCAAAGCCUGUCCAGAAUCUGAAAUAGACACUUAAGUAAAGGCAUUGCUGUAGUUAUCCUAAUCAAUCACAGUGGGACAGAAAUUUGUGGAUUCAUUUGAAACAGUAUUAUGUGGAAGGAUUCAGAACAGUAUGGUAAAAACACACUUUUAAUUUUGAGAUACCUUUAUAGCUAGUUGCAUUGGAAAUUACUGAUUGGUUGGCUCAGAUUUAGUUAAUAACAUUCUGUGAAAAGUCAGAUAAAUAGAGUUUACGGACAGAUACAAAGAGUGGAAAGAAAUAAAAAAGGACGUUUUUUUUAAAAGGUGGCAUCAGAUAAGGUCUUUGAUACAUUCCCUGCCUAUGUUGGUUUGUUGAAUUUAGCAUUUGCUUUUGGUGAUAUGUUCCUUGAGCAGUGGAAUGAAUGACAGAGAUUUGGGAGCUCCAUUGCUCAGACCAUCUGUAUUGUUUUUAUUGGUCUUGUCUGGACAAUUGUCAGAGAUGGAGCGCAACACAUGAUAUCACAAAAUGAGAAGGAUGACAUUGCCACCCAGUCAUUCGUGAGAGGUUGCUUGAAUAUUUUGAUUUUAAAGAUUUUUAGUUAUUGUAAGUAAAAGUGAAUGUUUAUAUCCCAGUUGAAUGACUAGCCAACAUGGCUGCUUGAUUCUCUAGUUGGACAUGGAAGUUACCUUUUGGCUGUUUAGGAAUGAAACACCUAGUCGAAUGGGACAGUGCAAGUUGUAUUCCAGUAGUAUUGGGUUGAAAGAAAUAUGGCCAUUUUUUCAUUUCUAAGAAGACUUCCUGAGUAAAUGGAAUUUUCUACCUGUAUUUGCUUUGCAUGAGUUUCAGUGCAUUUGUGAGAAAUACAAAUUCUUUUGUUUUUCUUAGCAUUCUUGGAAAAACUUCUAGAAAUAUUGGGAUUUUGAAUACUUAUGGCAUUUCCCAUACAUCUUUAACAAAGAAGAUUUUUAUUAUCUGCGGUAGUUAUCUAAAAAACUCUCAAAGUACUAGAAGGAAAUACAUGAAAACUAAAAAAAAAAGAAAGAAAAUCCUUGAAAAAAAUGUUGAAUUAAGACCACACAUUGCUAUUUGGUACUAGAAAAUCUGGGCCAUUAGGUCAUCUUUUAGGUAAAUUCCUCGCAGACAUUUCCCAACCCCAGCCAAACAAGUUCUGGGUCUUAUGAAGGGGUGUAAGAGGUGUUGCAUGAAUUGGGGAAAUUGUGAGUAUGGCACAGAUUGGGAAGGAUGUGCAGAGUGGCACAGGAAGUGCUGUGCAAUUUGGGAGGUGGUGGUAUGAGUUGAGAAAGGCAUACAAGGGGUGUUGUACGGGAAAGGAAGCACGCAUGGGAAUGUGCAAGGGGCCAAUGUGAGCACAGAGGGACUGGGGAGUUUGAGCCAAUGGGAGAUUUAUCUGAAUAAAUUGCAACCUUCCCUGCUGGCUUCCCCAUUGCUGACGCUCCCUGCCACUUUCCCACAGCAAAGACUUUACUUCUGGGAAGCUUGCAAGGGUUAUUGCAAUCCUAAUUGAGUUUACACUUCCUGCAAGCUUCCCCAAUGACUUUCCUUGUAGGAUCCUGACAGGGAGCAUUGGAAAUUAUGAUCAUGUAACUGCAGCUAACUGGCAAUGCAGUGGCACAGCCACACUGAAGCAAUCUCAGCUUUGCCCAUUUCAGUCCCACAAGAGUCAUGAGUCCUGAAUUUUGGAUGCAAUAAUUGUUGCCUUAUGAUAUAGCAUUUUAGCCAAUUGAAGUAUACGAACAGAUAUGAGUGUUUUAGUAGUAUAUAGAUGAUCCCAGAGAAUAUAAAGAAAAGCAUAAUAUUAAGACUCAGGGUGAUAGCAGAAAGAGUCAAUUUGGCACAACAUUGGAAAAGAGAAACUUUGCAAUUAAUACACAAUUGGGAGACUAAUUGGGAGACUAAACUGAAGAAUGGGCAGUAAUAGAAAAAUGGAAUGACUAGUAAGUAUUGACAGCAGAAAUAUAUAUACAAUUUCAAGCAGGAAUGGUUCACUUAUAUACAACAUAUCAUAUAGCAAAGCUAGCUAAGAAUAUUAUUGUUGUUUUUUUGAAGAAAAGUCCUUCAAAUAAUAAUAAUGCAAUAAAAGACCUGGCAAUGGCUAAAGACAGGAAAGUUAAAGAAAGUGAGAGAAGGGCUGAUUCUGGCUGCAUAAGACCAAGCCUUAAAAACAAAUACAUACAAAAUCAGAAUUGUGAAGACAGUAAUAGACAGAAAAUACCACCUCUUCAAAGAAGCUGAAGAAACUGGACUUAGCUGCUGCAAGAAGACUGCAUAAACAAUGGCAUGACAAAGUAGCAACAAUUGUACAUUGGAAGAUCUGCAACAAAUAGCAUUUACCUCCAAGCAAGAACUGGUCAGAUCACAAAAUAGACAAAGUAAUAGAAAAUGAAGCUAAAGUGCUCUGAGACAUUAAGUAUUCAAACAGACAGGAACCUGCCAUAUAACACCCCAGACUUAACAAUUGUGAAUAAGAAAGACAAAAAAGUCUGAAUAGUGAACAUAGUUGUACCUGAAGACAGCAGGAUAGAAGAGAAAGAAAUGGAGAAAAUGACAAAAUAUAAAGACCUGAAAAUAGAAUAACUGUGGCAAAAGAAAGAAAAGAUAGUACCAAUACUGAUAAGUGUCUUGGGUGCAAUUCCAGAACAUCUGGAGUAUCACUUGAACAUCAUUGUCAUUGACAAAAUCACUCUGGUCAAAUUGCAAAAGGAGCAGCUUACUACUGCAACCACAAGUCCUUGGGAAGGAUUUGAUGGGUGGAUAAAAUGCCAAAUACAGUCUAAACAUCUGGCUGACUGCAACGAACCAUAAUUAAAAUUAUCCAAGCAGAAAUAAUAUCUUGUUAUAAAAUGGAAUUCAAGCCACUUAAAAUAAGAAUUUUUCAAUAGUUGUUUUAUUCUUGUGUUAUUAGGAUGAAAAGCAAAGCAAGUAUGCAACUAACGUAAUUAGUUCCUUUAUAUUUGUACAUAUACUUGUCAAAAGUUAUCUUACUACAAUAAGCUAUGUCCAACAAGGCUAUUCAGGUUACUAUGCCCAACAAGGCUAGUCAAGUUGCUGUAAAUAUUGUUGCCCAACUAGGUUACACAUUGACUGAACCCAAUUGAGGUGGAGUUGCUGUUAUCCUUGGAUAAACAGAUGUUACAUAUUUCUGGAGCAGAUUUGUGGUUUGGGAAUCUUUUGAGAUUCAUGUGUCCUGCUUGAACAACAGGUGAAUGUUGUGGCUAGUGGGCUUUUGCCCAACUUUGGCUGGUGCACCAACUGCAGUUAUAUAAUGGUGACAAGCCUACAUGCUCUCAUUACGAACUGUAUAUACGAAUGCAGUAUGCUUUACAUGGGAGUCCCUUUGUGGCUAAGUCUUAACUGGUUUCUUACAUUGGGGCAUAUUAGCAUUUUGUUACCAGUUCAGGUCUAACUACAAUUUAAAGUACUGUAGUCUUUCGUGGCUUGACAUUUGGGCAUCUAGAAGAUUGCUUUCCUCCAACCAGAUUCGGCCCAACCUGUUACAUCAUAUAGAAAAGUACACCUGUCUUGUUCCACAUUCCUGGUGAAGGUAAAAAGUGUUGCUUCUUUGUUGUGGCACUAAUGCUAUGGAAUGAGCUCUCUACUGAGAUCAAACUGAAAAACAUUCAUAGCUUUUUCAAAUACUUUUCAUUUACACAAUUUGCAUCACUUGUUCUUGAUUUUUGUUCCUGAUUUCUAUUGUACGUUUAAUUCUAUUCUUUUUACUGUUACAUUGUAAUUAUUGAGUGUCUUUAGACUGAUGACAUAAAAACUGAAUAAAAGAAUAUAGGAGAUUACAAGUUUUAAUAAUUAAUCUUGCUAUAACUUUUUCCCAAUACUGUAAAGCAUAGUCUUUUGACUAUUGCAACAUGCUCUAUAUGGGGCUGCCCUUGAAAAGUAUCCAAAAGGUUCAAAUGAUUCAAAAUGCAGUGGUCCACAUGAUUUUGGGCAGGCUUAAAUGUGCACAUCAUCGCUCCUGUGGGAGCUGCAUUGGCUGCCAUUUUGUUUCUUGAUCCAAUUCAAGGUGCUGGUGUUUACCUUCAGAGCCCUACAAGCCUUUGGAUCCGGUUAUUUCAAAGGCUAUCUUUUCCUGAUCACUUCUACCUGACCUACUAGAGCAGGGAGGCAGGGAAUGCUACAGGUCUUUUUUCCUAAGGAGGUCCAUCUAGUGGGACCGAGAACAAGGGAUUUUUCCAUGUGACUGACUCCCUAUAGAACAUCAUCCCUACAGAUAUAAGAUUCAACUCUGCUUUGAUUACUCUUUCGCAAUGCUCUGAAGACCUGGUUUUGCCAAUGGGCCCCACAGCCCAUCAAAUGGCUUGUUUGAUUGUUGGGGGGGGGGAGGCUGGAGGGGUACUGUUGUGAUUGAUUUUAUAUGUUGUUUUUUUUUGUUGUAAAUUGCCCGGAGUAACAGAGUAAGUUGGGCAACCAUAUAAAUUUUGUUAAAUAACUGGGCACAAUUUACAACUUUCAAUCCUUUUUAGGGUUCCUGCAGUUUUUGUCUAUUACAAUAAACUACAGAUGAUGAAAAAAGAAAAUAAACAAAAAGCUUACUGAGAGUACAUAUAUCAACUGACCUAUGUAAAAAAGCAUUCAUAACUAGAAUAAACAAUUUUUUUUGAGUAUUACAAUAUCAAUUGGCAAAUACAGGAGUCAUGAGAGAAUAGAAUACUCACACAGAUUUUAUUUAAUAACACUAUACAAGUUAACAUGCUAGAAAAAGCAUAAAUUAUAUGUAAACAAUUGUUUACAGAAUACUUUUUCUUCAUAAAGGUGCAAAUGUUCAAUAUGUAAAUACAAGAAUGCCAACCUUUAGGGUAAAAGGUUUUAUCAUCUCAAGUAAUGUCUCCCCAAAUUUGAUUUGUGAUUCUUCACCCCAUCCAAAUCCAUGAAUAGAUAUAAUAGACAUUGAAGAUGCUGGAAUUUAUAAACAAAGUUGUUUCUUAUAAAUGUGAAACAGGACACUUUAGAGUCUCUUGUUUUUUUCCCAAUGGUUAUAAUCCACAAAGAUCAAGGCAGUUUAUCCAUUCUUUUGCAGCUUUUGGAAUUGUAAGAACUUGUAAGGUUUUGGAAUUGUAAGAAAUUGUAAGGUGUCGCAGGAUGUAUCAAAUUAAGAAUUGUUAUCACUCAAUUCAGAUAUAAGCUGUACAUAGAUAUCCUGCACCUGAUUCAGCUGCAAUGCUGACAUGGUUAUAAUAAAUGUAUUUUUACAAUCCAAUUUUCAUAAACUGGUCUAAACCCCCCCCCC